AUGGAGUCUACCGGAGAAACUAUUAGCGGUGAUGCUACGGUGGUGAGAUCUAACGCGCCGUCGGACUUCCUCAUGUCUUCGAGAUCAGAAACUUCAAAUCCACCUCCAACCUCCGUCGCUCCUCCUCCUCCUCCUCCGCCGCAAAAUUCCUUUGCUCCGAUAACUCUUCCGCCGGCGACAGAAGGUUUUUCCACCGGCCUGGUGAAGAAAAAGCGUGGACGUCCCAGGAAAUACGGACACGACGGAGCACCGGUGGCGCUAUCGCCUGUUCCAAUAUCAUCAGCCGCACCAACGAGUUCUCCUCACGUCCUCGAUUUUUCAGCAGCAUCUGAGAAACGUAGCAAAGUGAAACCAGCAACAUCUACCUCCUUCAUCAAGACAAAUUACCAGGCCGAUAAUUUAGGUAAUUGGGCUCCUUCUUUGGUCGGAGCUAAUUUCACGCCGCAUAUAAUUACGGUGAACGCAGGCGAGGACGUGACGAAGAAGAUAAUAUCAUUUUCUCAACGAGGGUCUUUUGCUGUUUGCGUUCUCUGUGCAAACGGUGCCGUUUCCAGUGUUACACUUCGUCAGCCUGAUUCUUCCGGCGGUACUUUGACAUACGAGGGUCGGUUUGAGAUACUGUCACUCUCCGGAUCAUUCAUGCCAAGUGACUCAGACGGGACAAGAAGCAGAACAGGUGGCAUGACCGUGUCGUUGGCAAGCCCCAAUGGACGUGUGGUUGGAGGUGGUGUCGCUGGUGUGCUGAUUGCAGCCACUCCUAUUCAGGUGGUCGUAGGAAGCUUCUUAGCCGGAACUAACCAGCAAGAUCAACAACCAAACCAGCACAACCACAGCUUCAUCUCUUCUCCAAUGCCAACUUCUUCAAACCGUCCUAUGUCGUCUUCUUCUCUCCAUAUCAGUACAUGGACACCAACUUUUUCUUCUGAUCCACAACACAAGCCCUCUCAUGACAUUAAUAUCGCUUUAACUUGA